GGUCUUUAGAAUAUUUCCAAAUCCCAAGAACCAAAAGAAGGAGAAACUUCCCCUCCCUCAUAGCUUCCUUAUUAUUUUUACGAUCGUCAUCCCCAUCCUCCUCAUCAUCAUCUGCAAUCACCAAAUUCGUACCCACAAAAGAAAAGUGAGGAUUUAGUCGGAAGAAAUGGGGUUGAGAGACAUUGGAGCAACACUGCCUCCUGGGUUUAGGUUUUACCCAAGUGAUGAGGAGUUGGUGUGUCAUUAUCUGUUCAAGAAGAUCGCCAAUGAGCAGAGCUUGAAGGGCACUUUGGUCGAGGUUGACUUGCACACUUGUGAGCCAUGGCAGCUUCCCGAUGUGGCCAAGCUCAAUGCCAGCGAGUGGUACUUCUUCAGCUUUCGCGACCGCAAGUACGCGACCGGGUUCCGAACCAAUCGUGCCACGACAUCGGGAUACUGGAAAGCUACAGGGAAGGAUCGAACGGUGCACGAUCCGGCAACACGCGAAAUCGUGGGGAUGAGGAAGACGUUGGUGUUCUACAGGAACCGAGCUCCGAAUGGGAUCAAAACGGGGUGGAUCAUGCAUGAGUUCCGCUUGGAGACUCCACACAUGCCUCCUAAGGAGGAUUGGGUACUGUGCAGAGUGUUUCACAGAAGCAAGGCAGAGGGCAGCGACAAACUAAGCCCACCCUACAUGUUUGAGGCACCUUCCACCACCGCAAUCAAUAUUGCACCUUCUCUCAAAUCUCCUCCAAAUGACCCAACCACAACCAUGCCUUAUCAUCAUCAUCAGCAUCACUCUUAUCACGCAACACUCACCUCAUCACUAUCCUCAAGCUCAACCCACCACCAUGACCAUCACCACAACCACAAUUCAAAUUCUCUCCAUCUUCUUCACUACCCAAAUAACGUUCAAGAAAGAAACAUGCCCCCGGCCUCCAAUAUGAUGUCGGACAUCGACUCCAAGUUUGUCGACGAUGACUACGGCUUCCUUUGGGACGCCAACCUAGAAGAGAGUAGCAUCUGCGAUGGGGUUUCCUCGAACCUAGGCAGAGAGGACGUGAGAUUUGAAAUGGAUAAUAGUGUGGUUUUCCUAUAAUUUAGGCUACAAAAGAAAAAUUAAGAAAAAGUGUACACCCAUUUCUCGCGUGUGAUGUUAUGGUCUUAAUCGUGCUUGUUUAAUUACACAUUAGGAGAGAGAGAGAGAGAGAGAGAGAGAGAGAGAGAGAGAGAGCUUGUGCUAGGUUUGGUAGGUUUGUUUGUUCUCCCUUACAUAUAAAAUACACAGCAUAUGGAAUAUUGUAAAUAAAUUAUGUAAAGUCAAAUUCUUUAUGAGUGAUGGACAAAAUUUCCCUGUUCUU